AUGGGUACCGGCGAUGAUACCAUCACCAGCUUUGCUCCCCAAAACUCCCACUUCGAGGACGAUGACCCGAAAGCGCAGGAUGAGCUCGCGGUAAAUGAAUCCAAUGUACUGCAAGACCGGAAGAUCGGAUUGCUGGGGGCCAUCUCCCUGAUUGUCAACAAGAUUAUUGGUGCUGGUAUCUUCUCAACACCAUCGACGAUCUUCAAACUGAGUGGCAGCGUGGGAAUGUCUCUGGUAUUAUGGGUCCUUGGUGGAAUUAUAUCCACCUGUGGCGCCCUGGUGAUGCUCGAGCUGGGAAGUGGGAUUCCUCGCUCUGGUGGCAUCAAGGUGUAUCUGGAGCGAUCAUUCAAGCCCAAGCGACUGCAGACAUGUGUCUAUUUGUUCUAUUGUCUUUUCCUACAGGUUUCUGCCAGCAACGCUAUCACUGCGUCUUCCUACCUGCUGUUGGCGGCCGGUGUGGAUUCAACCACGUGGAAGGAGAGAGGUCUGGCCGUCGCUGCCGUCGCAUUCGCGGUCGGUGUACACACCAUAGCCCCCCGCAUCGGUCUGGCCCUGCAGAAUGUACUCAGCAUGGUCAAGCUGUUCACCUUGAUGUUCAUUGUGUGUACUGGAUUUGCUGCUCUAGCCGGCCAUUUGCGCAUCCCGAACCCACACAACUUUGAUAUCAAGACGUCGUUCGAGGGCACAUCGAACAGUGGCUAUAAUAUUGGAACGGCCCUCUUGGACACAAUCUUCUCGUAUCAAGGCUACGACAAUGCCAACGCGGUCUUGUCCGAGGUAAAGAAUCCAGAGCAAACCCUCCGCCUUGCCUUGCCCUGCGCCAUGGGACUGAUCACCGUUCUCUAUAUAUUAGCCAAUGUGGCCUACUUUGCCGGGGUAUCUAAGGAAGAAUUUCGCACCUCCAGUGUGACAAUUGCGGCCACACUAUUUAAGAAUGUGUAUGGUAAUACAGCCGCCUCUAAAGCACUGCCUGCUCUCGUUGCCCUGUCGGCCAUUGGCCAUCUUCUUGGAGUCGCUUUCGUUGUCCCCCGCCUUCUGCAAGAACUGGCCAAAGACGGAAUCACACCAUUCCCAAACUGGAUGAUGCAGAACCGACCGUUCAAAACUCCGAUUGUUUCUCUCUUCGUUCAUCUGGGAGUUACUAUCUUGUUUAUCUGCGCUCCGCCGGCAGGAGAGGCCUUCGACUUCGUGGUGGACCUCACCUCCUACCCUACAUGCCUCUUGCUCAGUGCCAUCACCGUGGGACUAGUGAAGAUGAGGCUGUCCCGGUCGGAUGACUGGUCAUCUUCGUACUCGGCUCCGUGGGCGGCCAUUGCCUUCUAUUUGGCAGCUAAUGUCUUCCUCUUGGUGAUGCCCUUCGUCCCGCCUGAAAGCAGUACCUCAAGCCUUCCUUACUGGCUCGUUCCCGUCGUGGCACUGGCCAUCUUGGGACUGGGGGUGAUAUAUUAUGCCCUCCGCUUCGAGAUUAUGCCCUGGCUGUUCAAUUACCGUCUCCGUCCGGUCUCCGUGGACCUCGCCGAUGGGUCCCAGGUGACCCGCUUCCGAAUCGAGAAGAACACACAGCCCCGAGGAUGAUGGAUACAACGACCUAGCAAAGGAUAAAGCAAGAUGCUAUCUGUGAUUUCCGUUUCCUGGCCAAGAGAUCCUGAAUCCCUUACAAAGUCCGGCCUAAUAUGCCAGAUAGGCCCAGUUGCAUUGCACCUCAUGGAGGGCGUCAUGCCAUCCUUUUGGCGGAUAUUUGGAGACGAGUGAUUUGAACACCAGCGAUUAAUAAUAGUCACAACAAGCACAUACACACAUGACGAGACGAGUUCAUGAACAUUACAAUAGCC